UCAGAUUUAAAAUUAUCAUUUAAUAUCAUUUUUUCUACUUUUUUUUUAGCAGUUUCUUCCUGUCAUGUGUAAUUUAUUAGACAAGAGGAAGUGUUAUACAACUUGGUAUGAUCCACCAACACCAGUCUCACAAAUUUCUACAAAUGGCCGAACCCUUGUUAUAGGAGUCUUAGACAAUGUAAUGUAUGCUAUUGGUGGUGCCUGCCAGGAACUCGGAAGUUCAGUGUAUCUUAAAAGUGUUGAGGCCUAUUCACCAAUUUCUAAAGUUUGGUCUCCUAUCGAAGAUAUGUACUUAUCCAGAUACAAUCCAAGUGUUGUACGACUGAAGAAAAAGAUGGAGAAAUUAAAGACAUAUUUUAUGAUGAACUCUAGCAGGUGUAUAACGCUAUCCCCCGACCCGUUAUCAAAAUUAUGUUGGGAGACAUGAAUACAAAAAUUAGACUGAAAAUAUAUACAGACUAGUAUUGAUAAGGAAAGCCUUCAUGGUAUGUCCAAUGAUAAUAGAGCUCGUCUCAUACAUUUCGUGAUGUCCAACGGAAUCAUCACAAGCAGCACAUAUUUCCAGAUAAAGGUCAUAAUAAUUAUACAAGCAAACAUGGAUAUCUCCCGACGUGACAACUAAAAACCAAAUCGACCACGUAAUGAUAGAUAAUAAACACCGUUCAUAAUUCACGUUAGGAACUACAGAGGAGCAGACGCAGAUACUGACCAUUACCUAGUGGUAACGACUUUUAAGAAAAAACUAUCAAAAAUAAAAAUAGGAAAAGUACAAAUAUAUUAACAUAAUGUAGACAGACUAAAAAAAUCCUUUGGAAAUUGCAUAAUAUAGGAAAAGAAUCACUGAAGAACUCUGUACUACAAAUGAAAAGGUGGAAAACAUAAUUCCUAAUCAUGAAACCGGAUGGAUAAAUAUCAAAAACAUUAUUACCUCGGCUGCAAAAUCCCAAUCACAAUAAGAAACAACACUGGUUUAAUAAUGAGUGUAUGGAAGCAGUAAAAAAGCGCAACAAGACUCGCAUGCAAAUGAUACUUAAUCCAUUACAAGAAAACCAAGAGAUAUAUAAACAUUUUAAAGAGUUAGCAAACAAGACAAAAAAAGACUAUAUGAGAAGAAAGCUUUGGAAGAACUCGAGGGAGAGAGGAACAACCCGAGAAAGUUCUUCAAACACAGCAAACGACUCAAACAAGGUUUUAAACCACAAACGCUUUUCUUAAAAAAUGAACAGAAUGAUCUCCUUUUGGAACCAAGAGAUAUCGUACAACAUUUAAGAAAACAUUUUGAUACUCUACUUAAUACGAGCAAAACAAAUAACAGUAAUAGAACCAAGUAUGAAGCACUGACUUAUCAAACAGCUGAACCAGAAUGCAAGGAGCCUGAUCUUACAGAGAUAGAGUAUAUUAUCACAAACCUUAAAAAUAAUAAAUCUCCAGGAGAAAAUGAUAUAAACUCAGAAUUAUUCAAAACAGCAGGAAAAGACAUACUUAUAGAAUUACAAUACCUAAUUCAAGAAAUAUAGAACAAGGAACAGAUUCCAAUGGAUUGGAAAACCGAGAUGGAAGUAAUUCUAUACUAGAAGAAGUGGUCAC